CAUUUCCCCACACACGCACCCCCCCACACACACCCCGUUCUCGUCCCUUCUUCUCUUUUUUUUUUUUAAUUUUUUUUUUUAAUUUCAUUUUAUUAUUUUCCCUGUAAUUACCUGUCGGGGUGCUCUCCCGCCGGAGAGGGUGGAUUAUUCCUCGGGGGAUCCCCGCGGCUCCUCGGGAAGGUUGCUGACAGUCUGGCUGCAGUUUACUCACGAGAUACCAACCAAACACUAAUAUUUGGAGAAACACUUGGAUAGGUACAGUUCCUCACCCAGGAUGCCUUUCAAAGCUGGAUUAGAACUGACUGAAUUGCAGAAUAUGACUGUCCCUGAAGAUGAUAACAUCAGCAAUGAUUCAAAUGAUUUCACAGAGGUGGAAAAUGGCCAGAUAAAUAGCAAGUUUAUUUCGGAUCGAGAAAGCAGAAGAAGUCUCACAAACAGCCACCUGGAGAAGAAGAAAUGCGAUGAAUAUAUCCCAGGAACUACUUCGCUGGGGAUGUCUGUCUUCAACCUCAGCAAUGCUAUUAUGGGCAGUGGGAUUUUGGGUCUUGCUUUUGCCUUGGCCAACACGGGAAUUCUUCUUUUUCUGCUGCUUUUGGUUUCAGUGACGCUGCUGUCUAUUUAUUCAAUAUAUCUCCUGUUGGUGUGUUCAAAGGAAACAGGCUGCAUGGUGUAUGAAAAGCUGGGUGAGCAGGUCUUUGGUACCCCAGGGAAAAUGAUAGUCUUCGGAUCCACAUCUCUCCAGAACGUUGGAGCAAUGUUGAGCUAUCUCUUCAUAGUCAAAAACGAGCUGCCUUCUGCCAUAAAGUUUCUAAUGGGAAAAGAAGAAUCUUUUUCGGCAUGGUACGUGGAUGGGCGGAUUCUUGUUGUCACAGUGACGUUUGGUAUAAUCCUCCCUUUAUGUCUCCUUAAGAACUUAGGGUAUCUUGGCUAUACCAGUGGAUUCUCAUUAAGCUGCAUGGUAUUUUUCCUGGUAGUGGUGAUUUACAAGAAGUUUCAAAUUCCCUGUGGCGGACCGGAGCUAAAUACAACAUCACCUAUCCUAUCAAAUAGCUCAGCACAUGAACAUAUGUGUAAGCCAAAGUAUGUUAUCUUUAAUUCCAAGACCGUGUACGCUUUGCCCACCAUUGCUUUUGCGUUUGUGUGCCACCCGUCAGUCCUCCCGAUUUACAGCGAACUUAAAGACCGUUCACAGAAAAAAAUGCAGUUGGUUUCAAAUAUCUCAUUUUUUGCCAUGUUUGUGAUGUACUUUAUGACUGCCAUAUUUGGCUAUUUGACUUUCUAUGACAAUGUGCAGUCGGAUCUGCUUCACAAGUACCAGAGCAAAGAUGACAUCCUCAUCCUGACCGUGCGCUUGGCUGUGAUCGUUGCAGUGAUACUCACGGUGCCGGUGCUGUUUUUCACCGUGCGUUCAUCGUUAUUUGAGCUGGCUAAAAAAACAAAAUUUGACUUAUGCCGUCAUGUUUUGGUUACUUUUGUUCUUUUGGUUAUCAUCAACCUGUUAGUCAUUUUUAUCCCGUCCAUGAAGGAUAUUUUUGGAGUUGUAGGGGUCACUUCUGCCAACAUGCUGAUUUUCAUUCUUCCUUCAUCGCUGUAUUUAAAAAUUACACAGCAGGAUGGAUCAAAGUUGACUCAGAGGAUUUGGGCUUCUCUUUUCUUGGCACUGGGGAUAAUGUUUUCCCUAGUGAGCAUUCCCUUGGUCAUCUAUGACUGGGUACAAUCAGGAGGCAGUGCCGAAGGCCACUGAAGUUCACCUCCUUCUGAAGACACCCCUGUUUGCUACACACCAAAAUCGCAACCAUCCGUUCUGUUAUCUGUUCCAUCUUUUGUGAGUUUACUCAAAUCAAAUCCAAAUAAUGAUUAUCCAGUACUGAAAAUACUGUUAUGGGUGUAUUUUCUUGCAGAAAACAGACUCAUUUUUCCAACAGGAAAUCACUCUGUCCCCCGAUACUGAGUUAUCAGAUCAGCGCUAAGACUGUGUUAUUUGUCUGUGAGACUAUAUAGAGUGUUGCUCAUAGGAAUUCAUCACAAUUAAUUUGUUUCCCCUCUUCCACCCAUGAAUUGCAUUGUUCCGUUAUUAUCCUUAGCCCUUCAACCGUAAGCUCUGCUCCUUUAGGGCAGCAGCGCCUGUUGUUAUCAACCCCGACUGGAGUGAUGUCAGUCCACACCCUUCCUCCUCCCCGUCUUUUAGCCAAAACUCUGUUCUCCAGUUGUACGCAUCCGGCUUGUUGUUUUGUUUGUUUGUUCUGUUGCUGUUUUGUGCACCAUUUGCCUCACUGGUUUAAGUGUAGCAUUCUGGAUACAGGCACGAAAAGCACCGUGAGAGCUUAAAUGAGUGUUGUAGAAGCGUAGGUCCUAAAUGUGGUGCUUCUCUCUGAUGUUCUGGUGGAGAAGCCAGCCCCAGAGAGCAGGAGAAGGACGGCCACUACCACCAGCCGCCGUUCCCCUGGCACAUUUCAGUUGGUGCCCGACCAGAACUAGACUUGACCCCAAACCAUGAGUACUUGAGCCUGAAGAGAAGCAGACGCUUGGGGAUUUCCGUAGGAAGUCUGCGUUUUCUUCAGCGUUAAACUGUUUACUAAUGGCCCACUUCUCUCAUUAAAAAAAAACCCAAGCUCCAGUUUUAUCAAAACCUAAGCAUUUAAUCAUACCUCAUGCCUUUUCCAUUCUGGGGUUUAUUUGUACAUACCUUGUAGAGACCGGCUCCUCUCUUGUGUCUUAUCCUCCUCCCACUGAAGUCAGCGGGGUUUUGGACAGCAGUGGGAGCAGGAUUUGACUCACCCUGCCAAACUACUGGAUUUCUAAUAGAAAUCGAAAUCUGUAACAUGUCUUUAAACAAACAGAAACACUUUUGAUAUUUAACAUGGUUCAUUUACAUUUCCCAUCAAUUCUCCAUGACAGUGAAAGAAAAGACAUUCAAUUACUACUAGCAGAAACACUGUAACUUGCAUCUGUUGUCCACAAAACAAGCAUUUGCCUAAUGCCUUAUAGCUGGUGUAGAGAACUACUUGUAGAGACUCAAAACGCUAAGCAGGUGAUCGUUAACCAUCCUGAGCAGACAUCUUCUAUUAGUGCAUUGCCAGCAGCAUAAACAUGUUCACUUUGUGUCAUUCACCAUGUGAGCUAAAAAGCAUCUCAAAAUACGAACCCGGCUCCCACCGAAAGAACCGAUGGCUAAAGGGAGCCCCGCUUCACGGCCAAGGGCUGAGUGAUGCCCUCGGUAUGCUCGAGCCAUACCUGUCAGUAAGCAGCGACCCUCUUGUUCCCAGUAGCCGGUUCAUCGCCGACUCCCCGUUGUAACUGUGGAAGGAGACUGUCACCAGCGGUGGGGAACCUGCCACUGCAGCUUGCUCUUUUUAAGGUUAGGGAUGGAGAAUUCGGGAUCGUGGGAUUUCUGUGAGCUAUGGAAUGGCCUCAGUUGCCAUUGCCUUGUCCCACACGGCUUGAAGUCACUGAGAGUGGAGACCCCAGAGCAUUUCUCAGGACCUUGAGAGUUGGUUUCUAAGGGUAACAUCCAGAGAGAUUAGUUUGGGGCCUUCCCCAGAAUUUGGGCAUCGAGGUGCAGAGCAUUCAUGCUGCAGAAACCAAGCCUACUAAACCCAGACUUCUGGACCUGUACCUCAGCCUAGGCAGUGAGGUACCCGGCUCUGCCGAUACUCCACUGUGAUCCAGAACCAAGGCAGAGUGGAAUGCGCCAGCUGUCCAAGUCCUCGGAGUAGCCCAGCAGCAAGAACAAAAUGGGAAGCCUCCUCCCACUGGGCAACACGACCUGCUAGACUGCAGAGCGGGGUUCCUUUAUUCUGUCUUCCUCCUGGCCCCUCAGACCUUCACUCACAGGCUCCCAGCAAGGUCUCCAGUGCAGCCUCCUUCCUGCCCAGUAUCCCCCAGCCCAGCAUUUAACACAAGAACCGCUGAGCGACCCAGGACCCCCGGGCUGAGCUCACUCAUGCUUUCCUGCGGGUGGUCUCAAACCUUUGCCUGUGAUGGCGCGGGUCACCAGUUCUCUCCGUGCCAUCUCUUCGCGAGACUGAUCCCUUCCCUUGCUCACGGAAAAGUCCAUACCACAGCCUACAAGCCCAGGUGUUAGUCAAGCUCUAACUGGAGAAGAACCUAUGCUUGGUUCCUAACUCCUCGCAGCUCAUUCCAGGCAUCUUCCCAGCUCGGGAUGUAAGUUUGUGGCUCGCCUUUUGCAGGCACCCAGCCCUCCCCGGUCACUGCAGCAGGAGCCCAGCAUCUCACUCCGUUCUCUGACUCAGCUUGCUGGGAUGGCAUUUCAGGUUUUGAGGUGCCUUAUAAUCUCUCUGGAUCUUAUCCUAAAAAACCUAACUCAGACCUGAGAAUGCUGUACAGUGUUAUUCUCAAGAUGCUCCAGGGCUCUCCUGCUUUCCUCCCCGCUUUAUCCUUCUGCUACCGAUUUCUGAGCAGUGUGGCUCUGUGCAUCGGGGGGUUGUGAGACAGGGGAUCCUGGGAGCCACUUUCAAGUACCCGGGUAUGAGCUAGAGGUCGGAUCUGCUGCAUGGGGUCCCAGCAAGGUCACAACUGCGACAUCUCCCUCCCCCCCCCCCCAGACCCCCAAAUAGUCAGUAGUCUCGUGUUUAAAAUACCAACCGUUGAGUUUUGGCACCCAGCUUCCUUCGACUUGAAGGGCUGUUGGGUGACUGAUUGCUCCUUGCAUCUUCCCAGAUCUCCUCCAUCACUACCCCUCUCCCUCCUCUUUGCUAUUCUGCUGCCUUCUUUUUCCCAGUUUGUUUGUAUACUGGAGUUUUACUGGAUAAAUAGGGAGAAGAAUGAGCUGGGUGUGUGCACAGAGUGAAAUUACCCGAGGUACUGGACCAUCAAAGCACAUCUUAGAUACUGAAAAAUAGAUACCCAAAAUAUUGAGUCUUUAAACAGACUUUGUUUCUGGGUCUCUGGAAAAAAAAAAAAAAAAAAAAAAAAAAGAGGGAAUUUUGCUUAGACUGAUUUACUGGCAUCAUAUUUAUAGAUAUUUAUGGAAAGGAAUCAUGUGUUUAUUGAUGUCUGUGGUAAUGAACGUGAAAUAACGUGCUUUUUGUUUUCUCAUCAGGUUUAUACAUUCUUAACAGAAUGCAAUAGACCCUGCUGUAACUGUCAACAUCAGUGAUGGAUGACAAUAUUUGUAUGAGGUUAUCUGUAAAAUGUACUGCUGUUAUUCAGUUCAUUUGGAAUAGUGAACUUGUAGCCAACGAUGUACGAGUCCCACAUUUUAGCUAGGAUUUUAAGAGCACAGUGAAAUGCUGUAGGAGUUUCUCUGUUGUUAAAUUAAUAGGAUCCAGAGUACCGUAUCUACUUAGUAGGUGGUAGCGUGCUUUCUUUUCAUAGAGAGUUUAUCACUAUUGUGAGCACUGCAAAUGUCAUAGACUGGAUGCAAAAUUGCUCCUAAUAACUACAACAAAAUACUUUAAAAUUCUCAUUUGUGUAAUAGCAACAAUUGAGUGAUGAGGGACAAGGAAGGACUAAUUAGAAGCAGGGGCUCCUAAUAAGAUCGUAGGAGUUAAUCCUACACUUAAAAGACGGCCUUGCUGCCUCUCCUGGUCCACAGCACAUUGCAAAGAAAAUAGUCAUGAGCUUAAAGCACCCUUACAGUUGCAGAAUACAGCUGCCCUUCUCUGUCCGACGGCAAACAUGCCUAGUAAGUAAAACACAGUAAAUUGUUAUUCGGGAACAGUAGCUCGGGAGCAGUGACCUCUCUGGAUGAUGCUUGCUCCUGGUCAGAGGGCCGAUGCCAAAUCCGCGCACCAGCACGGACCUUUUGUAGGGCUGAUAGGGACUGAGUGGUGCCCGGCCCGUGUACCGGCCCAGGGCAGAACGGCCGGUCUCAUCCUGCAAGGUCAGGGAUGGGGAUGCCUGUCCGCUCCCGAGGGCUGCUUUUUCCCGAGCCACACACCGACCGAGCCUGUGCUCCACUUGCAAUAGGUCACACGUGCAAAUGCAGGUUGGAUGAUAUAUGGGUUGUGUCUGUACAUCUGCCUUACAAUGCAUAAGCACCAGAGCUCUCUCUGAUAUUGAGUAUUAACAGUAACAAUUAACAGUAUCUCUAGCUUAUCUUUAAAUGAAUACAUUUCUUUGCUUGAACCUUACAUUAAGGCUAAAGAGCAUCUUGGUCAAAACAAAACUCUUUCCACGUGGUGGUGUCCCACCUCCAGUCCUACUGUCCCACCCCAGUGCCUGUAGGAGAAAGGCACAGCAGAAUGUACUCAGCUCCAUCAGCAGCUCCACGAGAUGGCUUUAUCACCUGGCACCAGGGUCCUUUCUUAAACAAUUCCCCAGAGCCCUUGGUGUCAGGAAAAUCCUUAUUUCCUGUAACUUACACAAAGAAUGUUUUAUUUGUAUCUAAUGUAAGGAUUUCUGUAACAAACUGUGAAAAAAAAAAAGAUAAUGAAUUAAUAAAAAGUACAGGGCUGGAAAGGUCUAGAAUUCACAAAUUGUACACAUGCCUAUGUUUCUGAAGACAAAUCUAUGCAGUUGUGUUGUAUUGUAGGAAAUUUCAUUUUUAUGUACAUAUAUAUAUUGUAAAUAAAUAGGAUGCUGUAUAUUUUUGCAGUUGUUUAUCCCCUAUGAUAUAGAAGUGUUGAGAUAGGCUCUGCAUAUUAAGAAUAAUUUUAAUAGAAAUACAAAUACUUUAGCUUCUGACUUAGCAAAAUGUAUAUCCUUUCCUUUCUCCCAAGAGUUCAACAGUUAAAUCCUAAACUUGAAAUUAUAAUUACAUCGCUAAUGUAACAAGAAAAAAAGAAACAAAAGGUCCAGUGAAAUUGCUAGGAUUAAUUCCAGUGCGUGACUCCCUGUUUUCUCAACAGCAAGUUAGCCAGUCUUCCUGCUGGGUAAAACAUCUCCCUUGUAAAGGGCCCCUUUGGUACCCAGACACCUCUUACCUCCUCAGCCGAGGUCAGGUGGUAGUAAAAUGCCGAAAAGGCUUUAUGCAGAAACCAGAGCAAACUGCAGCUAGCAAUCUGACCCAGCAUUAUGCCAUGUUGUAUCCAGGCACCUAUUUACCUAACUAGUACAAACAGAAGUCAGGGCAGGACUUCCGCAUUUCCAUUUGCAGCCACCAGAAAUGCCCAUAGUUCAGAAAAAAAGCGCUACAAGCCAGGGGCGGGCAGCAACCGGAGCAAUUCGUGCCAUUUCUAGCCCACUCCCUUCCUGCAGAGUCCCGCGGCUGCUCCUCCGACGCAGAUCCCAGCACGCCGCUAUCCUACGACCAAAACGCGAGCACCCGAGGCUGACGAGAGCAUCCCCGAACGGGGACUGCGUGCGCAUCCCACCCUCUGAACGGGCAGAGGCCACUAGUUUUUGUCGUGGGAUAGCUGCGUGGCUGGGGUGAGGAUGACGGGAGGGGAGGGUUGUAUACGUCCUGAGAGUGCCUCUGGCAAGAGCCUUGCCUAGACUUUCUUGCUGGUAAAGCCCGAAAACAUGUUUUUUCAGGAUUGCUGAAAAACGGAGGUUGAAAAAUGGAUCUAAAAAUAAUUGUAUUUUUUUUCCAUGUUUACUUUAUGGUCUUGGAUGAAAAUGAAACUUGAAAUAACAUUUGCUUUCACCGUGAGCACAAAUUUGAGGGAAAAAAACUACAUGCAGUCACUUCUACAGAGCUUUUCAAAUUAAUACAAGUGUACAUUUUGUUUUCAGUGUUAUAGCCAACAAAAUAUAAACUGUAAAGGUAUUUUUCCACAAGACUUGAACUUUAACUUCUUUAUAGAAACCUGUUUUUAGUGUCCCAAGGUAUGUUAAGGCUCACCCCGAUCUAGUAUAAACAAUACUGUUUGAAUGAUGUAUGCUUGAUACGAGCUCAUCUCUAAUAGAUUGUCGAAGUGAGUCAUUGGUAAUAUUUUGCUCCUGCUAACAUCACCAUACUUUGUGCUGCUCAUAUCCAAAUAAACGAUGCAGUUUUUCAGUUUCUGUGUGUAAAUAAAAAAAAAAAAUGUAUUAAGUUCUAUAAUCUCUCUGUUACCUCUAUAGUUUUUAAACAUUAAAAUUGUGAUCUAAACUAA